GGAACAAAAAAGUGUCGAGUUGAAUUUCUUGUGAAUUUCGUCAGCAACCACGCGAUCAAAAAGUUAAUUACCGGCCAACAGAUGUAACGAUUAAAUGCAGUAAUAUCAUCCAUACGGUUAAAUGAGACACGUUCUCGCUUUAGUUUAUAAGUGUAGUGUAUUUAGUAAACAACUACCAGUCGUCUGUAACCAGUUCCGAUUUUCACACGCUGAAACUCAGCUGCAGUGGGGAAGCAACAAAAAUCACAGGAAGAUCAAAAUACCAAAUCCUCUUAAAGAUAUAAUAAUGGCUGACCCCAAAAUUGAAGAAAUCUUAGCGCCCCUGCGCGCCAGCGUAAAAGAACAGGGUGACCUGGUCAGAAAGCUGAAGGAAGAGAAAGCUCCUGAAAUCGACAUAAAAAAAGCCGUAGCUGAAUUAAAAACAAGAAAAAAGGUGUUAGAAGACAAAGAACUGAGUCUCGCCCCCGUGGAGGAGUUGUUUGAUCGCGCGAAAAUGGAAGAUUUGAUCAAGAGAAGAUUUUUCUACGACCAGUCAUUUGCCAUCUACGGUGGUAUAACUGGACAGUUCGACUUCGGGCCUAUGGGCUGCGCGCUGAAGAGCAACAUGAUCCAGCUGUGGAGGAAGUACUUCAUCCUGCAGGAACAGAUGUUGGAGGUGGACUGCUCAAUUUUAACUCCUGAACCAGUACUUAAAGCAUCAGGCCAUGUGGAAAGGUUUGCUGACCUGAUGACCAAAGAUGUCAAGUCUGGAGAAUGUUUCCGUCUGGAUCACUUAAUCAAAGCUCAUCUGGAAAAGAUCAAAGCAGAAAAGAAUACAAAAGCUGAGCUGAAAGCUGAAAUUGAGGACAUCCUUGUAAAACUUGAUGGUAUGACUGCUGAUGAAAUGUCUGCCUUGAUGAAGAGGUUUGACAUGAAGUCUCCUAUUAGUGGUAAUGAGCUUACUCCCCCCAUUGAGUUCAAUCUUAUGUUCAACACCCAGAUUGGUCCCUCUGGGUUGGUAAAAGGCUUCCUGAGACCUGAAACUGCUCAAGGUAUAUUUGUAAACUUCAAACGCCUUUUGGAAUUCAAUCAGGGCCGCUUACCAUUUGCCGCUGCUCAAAUUGGGAACUCUUUUAGGAAUGAGAUCUCUCCUCGCUCUGGUCUUCUCAGAGUCAGAGAGUUCACCAUGUGUGAAAUAGAACACUUUUGUGACUCCAAAGACCAUCCUAAGUUUGAGUCUGUGAAAGAUACUCAAAUGCUCUUCUAUUCUGCGGACAGCCAGGAACAGGGCAAACCUGCUGAGAUUAUGACAAUCGGAGAAGCUGUUUCUAAGGGUAUAGUUAACAAUGAAACCCUGGGUUACUUCAUGGCACGGAUCCAUUUAUACAUGCUGGCUGUUGGCAUUGACCCCAAAAAGUUGAGGUUCAGGCAGCACAUGGGCAAUGAGAUGGCUCAUUAUGCCUGUGACUGCUGGGAUGCAGAAUGCUUGUCCAGCUAUGGUUGGAUUGAAUGUGUGGGCUGUGCUGACCGGUCAGCCUAUGAUCUCACCCAACACACAAAAGCAACUGGCAUCCGUCUUGCUGCUGAGAAGAAACUGCCAGCACCCAAACAAAUUGAAUUAGUGGAGGCUGUUCCAAACAAGGCUGCCAUUGGCAAGGAAUUUAAGAAGGAAGCCAAGGCCAUCAAUGAUGCAUUAGCUGCUCUGGACACCAAUGCUUUAGAAGAAUUACAAAAUAAAUUAGAUAGUGAUGGGGAAUAUAACUUAGUAACGCCUAAUGGAGAGUUUAAACUCAAGCCAAACCUUGUCAGUGUGAAGAAAACUCAAAAGACCAUACAUGUUGAAGAGAUCAUACCUAGCGUAAUCGAGCCUUCGUUCGGUGUCGGUCGCAUCCUGUACUGCAUCUUAGAACACAACUUCAAGAUGAGAGAAGGCGAUGAACAGAGAACCUACUUCUCAUUACCAGCCACAGUCGCGCCGAUGAAAUGCGCUGUCUUACCCUUGAGUGGUAAUGCAGAGUUCCAGCCCUUCGUACGAGAACUGUCUCAAGGUCUAACUAAUGUUGACGUAUCUCACAAAGUUGACGACUCUUCAGGCUCCAUCGGCCGUCGAUACGCGCGGACAGACGAGCUCGGUGUACCCUACGCCAUCACAGUUGAUUUUGAUACUACUAAGGAACCCCAUACAGUAACUCUAAGGGAGAGAGACAGCAUGGGGCAAGUUAGAUUGCCAUUGACUGAUGUACCGGAUGUUGUAAGAGAUCUGGCCAACAGUAAGAUAUCCUGGGCGGACGUAGAGCAGAAGUACCCUAAAUUCGAACAACAAGAGACUGUAAAAGGAGCCGCCGCGUAAAUUCACAAAAUGUUUGGGACAGAUGCUUGUAAUUAUUUCUAUUGAAAUCUAUUUAUUUGAACUGUAAGCUUGAAAGUUACAAGAAUAAUGCAUUUGGUAUUGUUUCCAGCACAUUUUUUUAUUGAUAGUUGAAUAAAAACUGCAGAAUUAUA